AUGCGUUCAAACAAUUUAGCAAUAGGAAUAAUCUUCUUGUCUCAGAUAAUCAUCGGUAUCCUGGGAAAUUUCUUCCUUCUUUACCAUCAUUUUUUCCUUGUCCACAAGGGAAAUAGUUUAAGGUCCACAGAUGUGAUUCUGAAACACUUUUUUGUAGCCAACCUCUUUGUUCUUUUUUCCAGAGGAGUUCCACACACAAUGGUAGUCUUUGGGUGGAAACAAUUCUUCAGUGAUUUUGUGUGCAAACUUCUCUCCUAUAUUGAGAGAGUGGGCAGGGUUGUGUCAAUUGGUACCAUCUGCAUCUUGAGUUUUGUCCAGAACAUCAUGAUCAGCCCCAUGAACUCUUGCUGGAAAGAUGUUAAAGGUAGAGUUCUAAAGUACAUUGGCUUGUCCCUUAGACUCUGUUGGAUCCUAAAUAUGGUGUUCAAUUUAAUUAUUCCUCUGUACUCAGGGUACUUGUCUGGAAAAGGAUAUGGUGAAAACAUCAGAAAGAAAGUAAAUGUAGGUUACUGUUGUCUUGUUGACUACGGGGUGGUCCUUGGCUCAAUCUAUAUAUCAUUUGUAGUUGUACCUGAAGUUUGUUUUUCUUUGCUUAUUAUCUGGACCAGUGGCUCUAUGAUUUUCAUCCUGUACAGACACAAGCAGCAGGUUCAACACAUUCACACCAGUAAUGUCUCUCUCAGAUCCCCUGAGUCCAGAGCCACACAGAGCAUCCUUCUAUUGGUGAGCACGUUCAUAUCUUUUUACACUGUCUCCACCAUCUUUCACACUUCUAUGACUCCACUGUUCCACACUGUGACAUUGUGCUGCAGCUGUGUGCCUCCCCGGAGUUACACAGAUGGAGGGAACUGUCUGCUGGUGCAGCUUGUGUUUGCUGUCUGCUGGGCGGUGCUCAGGGAGCUGGCCUGGGAAUAA